UCCAGAGAGUUCACGAUACUAAUCGCAAAGUCACCGCAGAGCAUCGCAAAGUCACCGCAGAGCAUCGCAAGUCACCGCAGAGCAUCGCAAGGUCACCGCAGAGCAUUGCAAGUCACCGCAGAGCAUUGCAAAGUCACCGCAGAGCAUCACAAGGUCACCGCAGAGCAUCACAAGGUCACCGCAGAGCAUAGCAAGUCAUCGCAGAGUAUCGCAAGUCACCGCAGAGCAUCGCAAGUCACCGCAUCAAGAAAAGAAAAGUCUCCUUUAAGACUGACAUUUGUUUCUGCAACCUUCAGAUCACGGUAUCCUGCUUUCCAAUUAAGGUCAGAGCUUUCCUUUAUUACUCACUUAUGCACAUAGGUUUCUGCAAGAGACAUUUUUGUGCUCAAGAGAAUACAGACUUUUAA